AUGGAAGAUUAGAUUGAUAACGAAUUUCUUGAUGAAAAUCCAGAAAACCAAGAUCUAGAAUCAUGCGAUCUUUGCAAUAGGAAGUUUCAUCCCGAAAGAAUUGAAAGACAUCUUAUUGCUUGUCAAAAAGCACAAUAAAAAUAAUAAGAAAGGGAUAAAAUAAUAUAAAAAAAGAAAAAACAAAUUGAACAGAAAAAAUAGCAACUUCAAUAAAUGGAUGUUGAAAUAAUUAAAACUAAUUGGAGAGAGGAACAUCAAAAAUUUUAAGAGUAAAUCUAGUAUAACCGAAAAUUAAAAUAAGUAAUAACAGCAUAAUAUAUUAAGUUAGAAACUGAAGGAUAAGAUGUCAAUUAGUUAAAACCUCUAGAAACCAAAGUAAAUUCCAAUUAUGUUUUUUGCGAAUAUUGUGAAAGGCAUUUUGAUAAACGUAACAAUUAAAUAUUUAUCUCUAAGAUGUUGCUGAAAGACAUAUACCUAAGUGUAAAGAAAUCAUAGCUAAACCUAAACCUCCCAGAAAGAAGACUGUUGAAAUGAUCUAACCUUCUUAGCCUUCACUUUAAGAGAAAAGAUAAGCCUAAGUUAGCACACCAUCUACUUCUAGUUAAAUGGAAAGGAAACCAAUUAUCAAAAAGCAGCUAUCAGAUUCAUCAUAACAAUUUAGACCUACUAGCUUAUAAAAAUUUAUAGCGGAAUAAUCUGGCAAAGCGAAUUUAACAAACAUAGGUAUCUAAUCAAAUUCUAAGCAGGUUUUAUUGACUGUAAGGCAAGAGCUACAGCUAUCUAAGAUACAGAAUGUCCACAUUGUAAUAGAAGAUUUAUAUCCAAGGCAGCUGAAAGACACAUUCCAAUUUGUGAAAAAUUAACAAGAAAACACUCCUUUCGUAUUACUAUUUAAUUAACAAUUAAGAAAUCAAAUAUCAAAAUAGAAAGAGCGUUCCCAUUAAACAAAAUAAUUUAAUGAUGUUGACUCCUACAGCUAUGUUACCUUAGAUUUAAAGAAAAACCAAUAAGUAAUUAGAAACCGGAACUUUGCCUCCAAUUGGAAAUAGUUAAAAAUUUUGUACAGAAUGUGGAAAUAGAUUCUAGGCAAAUCAUAAAUAUUGCGGUGGAUGUGGACGUAAAAGAGAACCUGAAAUUGUAAUUUGAAAUAACGCAUUCAUGAC